CGUUCCCUGGAGGCAGCCGCCCCGACGCAGCUGCAGCCCGCGAGGACGCCCCGCGCCGAGCGCCCCCCGACGGACAGCACCGGCCCGCUGGCUCGCGGGCGAGCGUGUGGCCGCGCCCGGCCGGCAGUGCAGGGGUUAAGCCGCCCAAGUAAACGUAGCGCGGCGAUCGGAGCCGGAGAUUCGCGAGCCGGGCGCCCUGCGCGGCAGCCUGCCGGCCCUCCGCCCGCCGGACCCGACCCGCGGCGCGACCGCGGCGCCGCGCCCACACCAGCCCCGCGGCAGGAAACAAUGAAGGGAGACGCCAGACACCUUAACGAAGAGGAGGGUACCAGCGGGGGAGAUGACUCUAUUGUCAUCAUCAAUGGGGCCUGCAGUGACCAGUCUUCCGACUCCAAGGACACCCCCUCGCCCCCAAUCCUGGAGGCCAUCCGCACACCGGAGAUCAGAGGUCGCAGAUCAAGCGCUCGCCUGUCCAAGAGGGAGGUCUCGAGUCUGCUCAGUUACACUCAGGAUCUGACUGGUGAUGGAGACGGGGACGGUGAAGGGGAAGAUGGAGAUGGCCCUGACACCCCAGUGAUGCCGAAACUCUUCCGUGAAACCAGUAGGACUUCACUGGAAAGCCCAGCAGUUCGAACUCGAAAUAACAGCAGUGCUUCCAACCGGGAGAGGUACAGGCCCUCCCCACGGUCCACCCGAGCCCGGCAGGGCCGCAGUCACGUGGAAGAGACCCCCGUGGAGUUCCCGGCUACCAGGUCGCUGAGGCGGCGGGCAUCUGCAGGCACGCCAUGGUCAUCCCCUGCCAGUCCUUACCUCACCAUUGACCUCACAGAUGACGAUGUAACCCCGCAGAACAGCAGUACCCCUUAUACCAGCCUCGCCCAGGAAAGCCAGCAGGACAGCCUGGAGUCCUCACAAGUGGAUGCCGAGGGCAGAGACACCGAUGACCUGGAGUAUCAGGAUGGGAAAGAAUUUGGCAUAGGGGACCUUGUGUGGGGAAAGAUCAAGGGCUUCUCUUGGUGGCCUGCCAUGGUGGUGUCAUGGAAGGCUACCUCCAAACGCCAGGCCAUGGCUGGCAUGCGAUGGGUGCAGUGGUUUGGCGAUGGCAAGUUCUCUGAGGUCUCUGCAGACAAACUGGUGGCUCUGGGGCUAUUCAGCCAGCACUUUAACCUGGCGACCUAUAACAAACUGGUUUCUUACAGGAAGGCCAUGUACCAUGCCCUAGAGAAAGCCACGGUGCGAGCUGGCAAGAACUUCCCCAGUAGUCCUGGAGACUCACUGGAGGACCAGCUGAGGCCCAUGUUGGAGUGGGCCCACGGGGGCUUCAAGCCGACUGGCGUCGAGGGCCUCAAACCCAACAACAAGCAACCAGUGGUUAAUAAGUCGAAGGUGCGUCAUGCAGGCAGUAGGAAAUUAGGAUCAAGAAAACACGAGAACAAGGGUCGAAGACGCACAGCGGAGGACUCUGCCACUUCUGACUACUGCCCCCCAGCCAAACGCCUCAAGACCAAUUGCUAUAACAAUGGCAAAGACCGGGGAGAGGAAGAUCAGAGCCGAGAACAAAUGGCUUCUGAUGUCCUCAACAGCAAAAGCAAUCUGGAAGACAGCUGCUUGUCCUGUGGUAGAAAAAACCCUGUGUCGUUCCACCCACUCUUUGAGGGCGGGCUCUGCCAGACAUGCCGGGAUCGCUUUCUGGAGCUGUUCUACAUGUACGACGAUGAUGGCUAUCAGUCCUACUGCACGGUGUGCUGUGAGGGCCGAGAGCUGCUUCUCUGCAGCAACACUAGCUGUUGCCGGUGCUUCUGUGUGGAGUGUUUAGAGGUGCUGGUAGGCACAGGUACAGCAGCAGAAGCCAAGCUGCAGGAGCCGUGGAGCUGCUACAUGUGUCUCCCUCAGCGCUGCCAUGGGGUCUUGCGGCGCAGGAAGGAUUGGAACGUGUGCCUGCAAUCCUUCUUCACCAACGAUUCAGACCUUGAUUAUGAGGCCCCGAAGUUGUACCCAGCAAUUCCUGCCUCCCGAAGGCGGCCCAUUCGAGUCCUGUCACUGUUUGAUGGAAUUGCGACAGGGUACUUAGUGCUCAAAGAAUUGGGUAUUAAAGUGGAGAAGUAUGUUGCCUCAGAAAUAUGUGAAGAGUCCAUCGCCGUUGGAACAGUGAAGCACGAGGGGAAUAUCAAAUAUGUGAAUGACGUCAGGAACAUCACAAAGAAAAACAUUGAAGAGUGGGGCCCAUUUGAUUUGGUGAUUGGUGGUAGCCCAUGCAAUGACCUGUCUAAUGUGAACCCAGCCAGGAAAGGUCUGUACGAGGGCACCGGCCGACUCUUUUUUGAGUUCUACCACCUGCUGAAUUACUCACGCCCCAAGGAGGGGGAUGACCGUCCAUUCUUCUGGAUGUUUGAGAAUGUUGUUGCCAUGAAGGUUGGUGACAAGAGGGACAUCUCACGAUUCCUUGAGUGUAAUCCAGUGAUGAUCGAUGCCAUCAAGGUCUCUGCUGCUCACAGGGCCCGAUACUUCUGGGGAAAUUUACCUGGGAUGAACAGGAAAGAUGUCUGGCUUGCACUCAAUUUUUGGCCUAGGCUGGCCUCGAACUUGUAGUGAUCCUCCUGCCUCACGCUGCUAAGUCCUGAAAUUACAGGCACUGCUCUACUGCUGCCACUUCAGUGAUAUAAAUACUAAGGUCAGUGGAUCUUUUGGCUAUGACCUGCUAAUGGCAGAAAGGAAGAAAGACAAUAAUUUUUUUUUGUCUUUCUCAUUUUUAUUGGUACCGGGGAUUGAACUCACGACCGCCUGCUUAUGCCGCUGAGCUAAAUCCCCAUCCCCAGAAAGACAAUAAUUGAUUGCACUUGCAUGGAUGGGGAGUGGGCAUUGGAAAGGUUCAUGGUGAGGUUGUUCCAUUUCAGAGCUCUAAAUGAAGAAAUACAGCCAGUCAAUUAUCAGAGUAUUCUAGACACAAGAAAAGGGACUAGAAUGUCUUGUCUGGGGGGUGAUAUUUCUAGGCCAGCUGGAGAACAGUCUUUAUCAAGCAAAACGUAGUGGGAAAGGAGUGCAGAAAACAAACAUGGCAGCACUUGAAUUUAUAUAGACAUGGGGAGUAUAGGAGCUUUAAACAGCUGAGAUGAAUUGCACUUUAGGUUUGUGUUAGUUUCUGGGUAAAGAAGAAUUUAUCACAAUUGCUUAGGUGGUUAUGCUCCCUAAAGGAGGAGGACUGAUGUGCCUCCGAAGUCCUCAUCCAUUGAGGGGAGGACACAAGUGUGAGUGGUGGGACUGGAGUUUGUAGCAAGACAGUCCCAUGGAGUUCCUAUGAAAUAUAACUUGUAUUUCUCAUUUAAUGGAUGUUGUAGCAAAAAAAAAUGCACUGUGGCAGUAGAACCUUUUCGAAUUAUGGAAUAGGCACAUUGAGUUGAAACCAGAUAAUCUGGCUUUAUGUUUGAUUUGUGCUGGGAUUUGAUCCAGGUUCUUGGGAGAACAACUCCCUAAUCACAUUUUUAUUUAUUUAUGUAUUUAUUUUUAAAUUUAACUUUGCUUAUUUUUUGUACCAGGAAUUCUCAGGACCUUGAGCUUUUCUGACAUGUGUUAUGCCACUGAGCUAUAUUCCCGGCCAUUAUGUUUUAUUUUGACCCGCUGGCUUGCUAAGUACUAGCUGAUCAGCAAGCUAGGUUUAGACUUGAAUUCCUUCUGCUGCAGGCUCCUAGAGCCCUGGCUCUACAGGUGUGUACCACCACACCUGGCUACUUUUUUUUAAUUCCCCCAAACUGCACAAGGCUGGCCUGAGCUAUGUCCUUUUUUCCCUGAUCUCUAAAUUUUAGUUCCUGCAGGAGAGUUUGGCUAUUGGAAACCUGGGCAAGGGAAGGGAAGGAAGUCUCUGGAGUCUAGUGAGAGGAUUGAUUUCUUAACUCCUUGUGGGAAUCCUUGCCAUGUUUGAGGUGAAGUCCUUUUGAACUUCCAAAGUGGUUACUGUGGUGCUUAUCAACACCAUGCAGACUUGGCUCUAACUGCUCAACACCUUUUGGUUCUAGCCCUUGUCCUUUUUACCUAUCUUCUCCUCUCUGCAUUUGCAAAACAGGUUUCUAAAGUGGAAGUUGUAAAAGAAAAAAAAAACAAAAACAAACAAAAAAACAAUUGUCUACUUUGAAACAGUGUAUUGCUGUGCAUUUCAGGCUGAUAUUGAAAUCACCAUGUAGUUGAAGCCAGCCUUGAACUAAUGGUGAUCUUCCUGCCACAACCUUAAGUGCUGGGUUGAGAGGCAUGCACCACCAUGCCUGGAUUAAAAUUUAAAACAAUUUUUGCACUCACAAUUGUGUGAUUCCAAGGCAGACGCUUAUUUAGCUGAGCUAAAUUCCAAGCUCCCUUAAAACGAUUUUUGCAACAGGAUAUUGUUAUGCAUCCCUGACUGACCUCAAACUCAUUCCAGUUCUCUUGUUUCAGAAUCUUGAGUGCUGGGAUUACUGUCAUGUACUACAAUGCCUGGUUAGAAAGAAAGUUAAAAGUGUAAUUAGUAUUUCUGUGAAUCAUUUUAUUGCCUUCCCCUGGAGGUUAACACCCAUUGACAGUCCUCCUGAGCCUGCUUCCCUAGCACUGAGCCAUCAAAUCACAGGGAGUAGGACAUGUUAGCAGUAUCAAGUAGACCCCAAA